GAGGAGCAGGGGGAUCCGGGCGGCUGGAGCCGCCGGCGGGACUCACACAGCCAGCCCUGCGGAACCCCAGCCGUCCCCCUCGCCGCCCCCCAGCCCCGCUGAGCACGAGAAGGGCUGCCAGGAGCCCCUCACCCUGGCCUUGGAGAGCAGCAAGGAGAACCAGCAGCCCGAGAGCCGCUCGGUGCCUGCGCUGGGCGGGAAGACAUAUCCCAACAGCCAGGGGCCUGUGGGCAUCCAGGAGAUCGUGGCCAUGUCCCCCGAGCUGGACACCUACUCCAUCACCAAGAAGGUCAAGGAGGUCUUGACGGACAACAACUUAGGCCAGCGGCUGUUUGGGGAGAGCAUCCUGGGCCUGACGCAGGGCUCGGUGUCCGAUCUCCUCUCCAGGCCCAAGCCGUGGCACAAGCUGAGCCUGAAGGGGAGGGAGCCCUUCGUCCGGAUGCAGCUCUGGCUCAACGACCCCCACAACGUGGAGAAGCUGCGUGACAUGAAGAAGCUGGAGAAGAAGGCCUACCUGAAGCGCCGCUACGGGCUGAUGAGCACCGGCUCGGACAGCGAGUCCCCCAGCGCCCGCUCCGAGUGCGCCAGCCCCAGUGCGCCGCCGCAGGACCUCAGCCUGCUCCAGAUCAAGAAGCCGCGGGUGGUGCUGGCACCAGAGGAGAAGGAAGCCCUAAAGAAAGCCUACCAGCUGGAGCCAUACCCCUCCCAGCAGACCAUCGAGCUGCUCUCCUUCCAGCUCAACCUCAAGACCAACACCGUCAUCAACUGGUUCCACAACUACAGGUACGGGCGCUCCCGGGCUUUGGGGGUCUGAUGGUGCUGAGCCACAGAGGGGGUGGCACAGUUCCCCUUCCAGCCUUCCCCGUCACUCUUCCCUAGAUGGGAGGUGCAGACCCAUUGGAGGUCCC